AUGACUCAGAUCCUGUCCAAAUCAAGCGGCGGCGUCCUUCAAAUUCCUGCGUCUGCGACUCAAAAGAAUGCACCAGCACCUAAGAAGGCUCCGAAACCAGUAGCCCCGCGGCUGAAGCUGCUCGUGCGGCGUUUACCUCCAGGCCUAACUCAGGAGGAGUUUGAAACUGCGCUGGGCGCGGAAUGGAAACUUGGAGCGGGCAGAGUGAGCUGGGCUCAGUAUAAGCCUGGAAAGGUCUCGAAAGAUCAUGGGAACCACAGUCCUGCUAAACCCUCCCGGCCUUCCCGAGCAUACCUCUACGUCGUUUCAAGCGAACACAUUGCCCCUCUCUCCGAUAAGGUGAGGAGCACAUCAUUCUUGGAUGCCCGUAACACCGCGAACGACCCGGUACUCCUAGGCCCACCAAAUCUGGAGUUUGCACCGUACGCCAAAAUACCUGGAAGUCGUGUUCGCAAAGAUGCUCGAUUGGGAACCAUUGACCAGGACCCAGAAUUUAUCCAAUUUCUCGAGAGUCUCACCCAACCCAUUACAAAACCUACCCUCGCCGAAACCUCUGCCGAGGGAGAAGACAAAAAGGAGACAGUAACAACCACGCCACUAGUACAGUAUAUCAAGGAGAAAAAGGCAAACAAAGCUAAAGAAGCCGCGAGCAAAUCAUCAAGACAGAGAUCAGAGAGAGAAGCUAAAUCCGAAAAGGUUCAAUCGAAAAAGCUUCUCCAACGACCUGACAAGGAAGUCUCGCCGGCUAACGCUGAGAAGACGGAGAAGAAGUCAAGAAGCGACAAAUCCACGAAGGAGGCUGUGAAAGCGGCAAGCAAACAGGCUGCAAAUGUGGCAUCGAGGCAAGCGGCGAAGGCAUCCGCUGCGCAGAAUGCAUCCAAAGAUAUGGCAGCAGCUGCGUCUGAACGAAAGAGAGAACGUGGAAAUGUGGCAGCUGUAGGGAAGAUAUUGCAACGUGAUCUGGGACUAGCACCAUCUAAUAACCGUCGAAGAGGUGGACGAGGGACAUCCGGGGAGAAUGAGCCUAAAACAGAUUCGGCUGCCGCUUCAGAGACCAGCAAGAAGGAAAUCUCGACCAGGUCACCAAAGGGCAGUCCGGCUCAGGACACCAGCUCGAAGACAAAGCGGAGCAACACCCCUCAGCCUAGCGAAACACCACAGUCUCAGCGUUCGGACACUAGCACACCUGCCCAAGCUACGUCUACGCCACGAGGGCCCAGAUCAGGAAGAGGCAAGCAGUCCUCGGCCGCUACUCCUACGACACCCACAUCUACCGCCACCCAAGCAUUUCUCAAGCAUGCCAACCCUUCUCAAGGCGUAACGGAGCCGCUCCUCGAAGCCGCCUUCUUACCAUUUGGCAAAGUCGUCAAGGUGGAAAUCGACAAGAAGAAGGGCUUUGGGUACGUCGACUUUGCAGAGCCUGAAGGGCUGCAAAAAGCCAUCUCUGCUAGCCCUGUCACCGUCGCCCAGAGUCAAGUCGUGGUUCUCGAGAGAAAGGCGAAUCCAGGCGCAGAGAAAGGGCGCGGAAAAGGCCGUGGCGAACCUAAACCACCCAAUCCAAGCGCGAGUGGAGAGGCCAAUUCCAACUCAGGCCGCAAUGGGAAAUCUGGUGAAGGAACUGGAGGUGGAGGCAGCGGUGGUGGUAACUCCUCGUCAGGUCGUGGUCGACGCGGCCGAGGGAAAGGCGGUUCCAAGGCGAAUGGAGGUGGAGGCAGCGGCACUACCAGUGCAAAUGCACCGGCACCGGAAAACAAGAAUAGCGAGACGAAAUAA